AUGGCACCACAACAAAUCCUCAAGUACUUGGCCGUUGCAGCUGGCCUCCUGGCCUCCGUCUCCAUUGCACACCCUAUGAGCCUUGUCGAAGUUUGGGAGACCGUCACGGUUGUGGAAACCGUCGUGGUCACCGCCACCGACACUGUUGUGCUAGGGGAGCCGUCGACAACCCUCCCUUCUGCCUGCUACGUGAACGCCGUCUCAACUUCCACUCUCAAUCCUGCUUCGGCAUCCAGCGUGCCUUCAGCUAUCUCCUGCGAACUAUCCCGCCCAAGUUCUGCACCUACGUCUACUUCAUUACAACUGCCAGCUACAACAACUACUCAGCCUUCUCCACCAGACCCAUCCUCACAGACCUACGCCUCUGCUCCUUCUCCUCUCGGCCUUGCCGCCUCCUAUCCUUCUGCUGAACCCGUCGCUAAAAAACCCGAAACCACCUCUUCCCCAGGCAGAAAACCCUGCACAGAACAACACCCCUGCAUAGGUGACAUGACUCACUGGGGCGGUGGUCUCGGUUCAUGCGGAUUGGUAGUCAACACUCGGAAUGAAAGUGUUGUCGCUCUUCCGGCCGGGCUCAUGGGUGUACAAAGCAACGACAACCCAUUUUGCGGCCUGACUGUGACUGUCACCCAUGGGGAACAUUCACAUAAAGCUACCGUGGGUGACAAGUGCAUGGGCUGCAAUGGUCAUUCCAUUGAUGCGACCGAACUACUGUUCUUGACUGUCGCACCGAACGGCGACGGCCGUGUUCACAAUGUUACAUGGUGGAGGUUGGAGAAGUUGAAGUCGAAUGAGGAGAAACGACAUGGACUCGUUACCUUGAUAUACUGUGAUCGUCAUAUUUACCGCAUUAUCUCCUACCUCUCCACAGCUAACAGGAUAGUUGAAACAACGGCAAAGACUGAUUAA